AUGGAGUCCAUAAUAACGACUAAUGUCAAAGAAAAUAUGGAGAAUCAAAUUCAGAAUUUGACACCAAACAUUAGAUCCGAAGAUAAAGUUGCUUAUAAGACCAACACUAAUGGUGAAAAGGAAGAACUUGAUAAAACUUUGCAAAUAGACAAAGAACAGUUAUUGGAUUUGCAAAGCAGUGAUGAAAUAAAUAAAACCCAAAUGACUUCAAAUUCUAAUAUAGCGGAUAAAGAAAGUAUUCAUGAAAACCAGAAUAAAUCUGAAAUAAUUACUAAAGAUAAUACAAGUACAACAUCAACAUCAGUAACUAGCAAGAGUAACAUAGUACAAUCGACUAUUUCAAGUAAAGAAUUUCAUAAUGUCAUAAAAGAUCAAGAUACAACAAAGUAUACAGAAAGCAAAGAAAAAAUGAAUGAAUCGAAGAAUAACGCAGAAUAUUCUUCAUUUUCUUCAUCAGAAAAUUUCACACAUAAUCGUAAAACUAUCCGGUCAACAGAAUGUUCAAAUGACUCUUCUAAGAAUGGUGCUGCAAAUUCACUUCGAGAUUGGCAAUUUCAAAGUCGACCUGAUCAUCGUUCAGUUGAAAUCAAGACUAUGUUUGAAUUUAAUCAUGCUAAUCCAUCAUCACUUGGUGCCUUGAAGAUAUCAUCACCAUUUGAUGUAAAAGAGAUUAUUAGUCGUGCAUCUAUUAAUGCAUAUUUUGAUAUGAUUUGUCGUGAUGGUUCGACUACGGCUGAGAUUGGCAAGUAUUUGAAUUUAAGUAAAGAAAAUAUUUUUGGUGGAACUGACUAUGAUAGUCAUAAUGAUAAUGUGACAUUCGUAAAUGUUAACUUAAAUCAAUCGACCAUCGAUCUUGCUGAUAAUCGUGUUGAUCUCAUAACAUGUUUCGUCGUUCUUCAUCAUGUUCCUCAAUUAGAUUUGAUACUUCCGGAAUUUGUUCGUAUUUUACGACCAGGUGGUUAUCUUAUUAUGCGCGAGCAUGAUUGCAAAAAGACGUACUCACUUACAGCCAAGUAUCUAAAUUUUAUUCAUGCCUUCAUGAUGAUUGCACGUGUUGGUGAAUUUGCUGGUGUACGUGGAAACCAUUUGAACCAAAGCGAAAUCGAAUCUGAUGACAAUUCUGUGAAUGAUACGACUGACUGGGUACAACAAAAAUUUAAAAUCAUUCAAUAUACGAAGUCAAUUCAAUAUCGAACACGUGCUGAAUGGCAGCAUAAGUUAGAGAAUGCUGGUUUUCGACUUAAAGCUACACUUGAAUAUGAUCAAAGUUCAUCGGCUAAUCCUCAAAAGUUAUAUUAUGCUGUUUUCCAACUGAAUGCCAAAUGA